CUUUAACAACCUUACUUUCCGCUACUCCUGAAGCACCGAUGUUCUGAAUUCAUCCAUUUUGCCGUCAGGCGCUUCAGCUUCCCCCGCCCCGGAGGAUCGGUCCUCGAGAGCCUUUAUAUCUGCCUUGUCCUGCUCGUCCCCGGAAACUUCCCCCCCAAGUGGAAUCAAGAAGAGGCUACUGCUAUCUUGGAAUCGUCACUGCCUAUUCAUAAGAGUUCUAUCUCGUUUGAGUCGUUCCAGUCCAGCAUGGGAAAAGAUACGUUCACGCUCGCCGGCCGCGAGUGGCCAAAGGUCAAGUGGUGGAAGAUGAAGGGAAUGCGCUUUGUCUAUCUCACCCUCUGGGCAGCUAUGAUCACAUCGGCCACAAACGGUUACGACGGGUCCCUGAUGAAUGGGUUGGAGGCGCUGACGGCAUGGAAUGAAUCCUACAAUAACCCGCAUGGCGGUACUCUCGGUCUUCUGGCAGCGGCGAUGUCCAUCGGCUCGAUGCUUUCCAUCCCCGUGGUGCCCUAUGUGGCGGAUACCCUGGGCCGGCGUGCUGGCGUGGUUCUCGGCUGUGUGAUCAUGCUUGUGGGUGUCGCGAUGGUUUCUGUGGGCUACAAGAUUGCCUUGUUCGUCGUUGGCCGCAUUAUUCUCGGCUUUGGACUUGGAAUUGCACAGGAAUGCUCGCCGCUUCUUGUCGCAGAGCUUGUUCACCCCCAGCACCGAGCGGUUUACAGCACAAUCUAUAACUCGCUCUGGUAUGUUGGAAGCUUGAUUGGCGCCUGUGUCGUCCUGGGCACAAAUCAUAUCCUGGGAAGUGCCUGGUCAUGGCGCGUGCCCUGUCUAUUGCAGGGGAUUCCUUCUGUCUGCCAGCUUUUCUUGAUUUGGACGGUGCCUGAAUCGCCCCGCUGGCUGAUCUCGAAGGGGAAACUGGACAAAGCCAAGAAGGUCCUGGCUUACGUUCAUGCCCAGGGCGAUGAGGAUGAUGAACUGGUCAAUGUGGAGUUCGAGGAGAUCCAGCAGACAAUCCAGCUUGAGAAGGAACUGGAAAGCAACUCCUGGCUGGAGCUCUUCUCGACCCCCGGGAACCGCCACCGCUCGAUCAUCUUGAUCUCCAUCGGCUUCUUCUCGCAAUGGUCUGGAAACGGCAUUGUCUCGUACUUCUUGCCUCAGGUGUUGAAACUCAUCGGCAUCACCAACAGCAACACCGUUCUCACCAUCAAUCUCAUCCUCAGCGCCGUCAACGUGGUCUCUGCCACGGGCAUCUGCUUCUUCGUGGACAAAUUCGGUCGUCGCCGUCUCUUCCUGUCCUCCUGCACGGGCAUGUUGCUGUGCUUUGUCGCCACGACCAUUGCCCUCGCUCGCUUCCCCUAUGGGCCUGGAGGCGCGGACCACAAUGCGGGCAACGCCGUCAUCGUGUUCAUUUUCCUGUACUACAUCUCCUACAACAUUGGCUUCAGCGGCAUGCUUGUCUCAUACUCGUCCGAGAUCCUCCCAUACCGUCUGCGUGCCAAGGGGCUCACCCUCAUGUUCUUCUGCGUCGACCUCAGUCUGUGGUUCAACCAGUAUGUAAACCCGAUCGCCCUGGAGCAUAUUGGCUGGAAAUACUACCUGGUGUACUGCAUCUGGCUUCUGUUUGAGUUUUUCGUCGUCUGGCGGUUCUACAUCGAGACCAAGGAGACCCCGCUGGAGGAGAUUGUCCAGUACUUUGACGGUGACUCUGCCAUUCUGGGUGGAGGCGCUGCCACGACCAAGGUGACAGAACUGCUCCAAGCCCAGAAUGCAACGGCCAUUGAGGAAAACGAGAAGGGAGCCAUCACACAUACGGAAGUUCGGGGGUAGGGCCACGCACACGUUAGCUAUCAUUGCGAAGACGUCCAUCGAGUCGUCAUAUACAGGGCCGAGCUGAGCGGGUUGGAUUUGAUUCUUUUACGCGCCACGAUAUCACAAUAUCGAUCAAUCAGACAAGGCCGAUUCGUUCGUAGCAGCCCUAGAUGAAUACCGACUAGAAACUCUCGAUCUCCUUCUGUAUCCACACCCAUGAAGUUUAACCCUACAAUGGUUGAGAUAUAGAACGUAUACGUCGUAACGGUAUAUAUCAUAUUCAAGAUUAAACCUAGGAUCCGCU